UCAAACUCUCUCAGCAAGCAAUCCAUCUUGUUCUGAUAUCCAAACCCUGUGAUUAAGCCCCUAGAGCUAGCACUGUUUGACUGCAAGGACGGUUUUCAUCUGUUCCUUGAAAGAAUCAAACUUGGCUGGCUGGCACCCAGAUUCACGCAUUUCAUCAAAAAAAGUCUAUUGCUUCUUUCAUCUGUUCCUUCAAAGAAUCAAACCAUUCGAUUUCAUUUCACAUCAAUCUACUCGAUUCAUUCCCUACUGUUGAUUUUUUGUUUAGGCAAAUUGUUCCAAUUUGUUCUCUUUUUAUUUAAUUCGUCUCUUGCAUUCAAGGAAUCAAGGCUUUACGGCUACGCUGGAGCAAAACCUUCAGAGCAUUGGAGCAAACGUUGAUGAUUCGGAGCAUUGGAGAGGCAGUGGUCAUAGGAGAAUUUUGGCCCAAUUAUAAACUCGGUUGGAGGCCCAACCAACCAACCGAGUCUCUCUCGGUAUACCGACUUUUAUGGCCGGUAAUGGUCGUCCAUUUGACGUACCAAACUAGUCCGGUACGGUAGGUGGUAUUGGGCCUGCGACUCCGGUACCGAACCGAGCCCAGCCCUAGUUUAAUUUUCUCUUGCUGAUCAAGAUUGUGGGCCGGACCGUGGGCUUGGCCCAUAAAGUGGGUCACUUCCUCCUGCAACAAAACCUAUAAAACUUGUAUAGGGUUUAUCAGAUUUUAGGAGGCGCCAAUACUAAAACCCCAAAAAAAUGAGUUCCCACUGCAUGACGCCGGAGCCACUCUCGGCCUCGGGUCGGAGCUCCGAGAAGAUGAGCCUGCCGACACUUCAAUCCAAGAUGAAGUGCGACCCGGAAGGCUACGAGACGGAGCUCCUCCUUGUGUACAACCAAUUCAAGUCGUCGCUGGAGCUCUUCAAGCAGCAAGCCGAUCUCGGAUUCAAGUCCGUCACCGGCAGCGGCGGCAGCGACCCCACCGUCGCCAAGGACCUCGCCGACCGGGCAUUGUUUCUCGCCCACGUCACCCCCUUUUACCCGGCCCAAUUGGCCCAAUUCCCCUCACAGCUCUCCGAGUUUCUCCACUCCUCCGCCCGAACGCUUCCCUCUGGUCUCAGAUUGCAUGUUGCUCAAGCUCUCAUUCUUCUUAUGAACAGAAAGAUGGUGGAUAUUGCAGACAAUCUAGGUUUGUUCAUGGAGAUACAGACUUAUGGCGAUAAGGCUUUAAAGACCCUGGCAUACAAUCAUGUCAUACAUAGCAUAAAGCGAAUGAAUAUGAAGCAUAAGAAUGAAGCUAAGAAUCGGGUGCUUCAGAAUGUCUUGUUUCGGAUGCUACAGCUAGAGGAUGAAACAAAAGCAAAGAGAGCACUUAUCACUCUACGUGAGCUUCACCGGAGAAAGGUGUGGUUUGAUGAAAAUACAGCAAACGCAAUCUGCUCUGCAUGUUUUCAUCCAUCGUCGAGGAUAAUGAUUGCUUGUCUCUCAUUUCUGCUUGAUUACGAGAAGAUUGAGGAGGAGGAUGAUAGUGAUGCGUCAAGUAGUGAUGAGGACACUCCUAUUAAAUCUCAUCUAGCCAUUAAUAGAGAGGAUAUAUAUAAGGCGCACCAUAAGGGUACACUUGCUAGCAAGAAGAAAAAGAAAGCAAAACUGCAGCGUGCCAUUCGUAGCCUGAAAAAACAGCAACGCGUAACAUCAGAAAAAAGUACUUCAAAUUAUCAUACGCCACUUAAUCAUUUGAGAGAUCCACAGGAAUUUGCUGAGAAGCUAUUCUCCCGUCUUCAAAAUAGUACAAGAGUUGAACGCUUUGAGGUCAAAAUGAUGAUGUUGAAAGUAGUUGCUCGAACUAUUGGGCUUCAUCGCUUGGUUCUGUUGAACUUUUAUCCUUAUUUUAUCAACUACAUUACGCCUCAUCAAAAUGGUGUCACUGAAUUACUCGCUGCAGCAGUCCAGGCCUGCCAUGAUAUGGUUCCUCCUGAUGCAGUUGAACCACUUUUCAAACAAGUAGUGAACAAAUUUAUAGAUGAUCGUGCACAGCCAGAGGCCAUAGCUGUUGGACUGAAUACAACAAGGGAAAUUUGUUUACGAAUGCCUUUGUUGAUGACAGAAGAUUUGCUGCAAGAUCUUGCAUUAUAUAAGAAAUCACAUACAAAAGCAGUGUCAGUAGCAGCCCGUUCACUUAUUGGCUUGUUCAGAGAGCUUAACCCCUCGCUGCUGAUUAAGAAGGAUCGUGGUCGCCAACAUGUUGACUCAAAGGCAAGGCCAAAAGCGUAUGGAGAAGUCAAUGUACUUAGAAAUGUUCCUGGUCUUGAUUUACUAAAACAUGAUGAUGACAAUGGGGAGAGUGAUGAUGAUGAUGAACCUUCAGUAAGGGGCACUGAUGAGAUGGUAGCUUCCAGUGAUGAUGAAGGCUUGCAAAUAACCAACACUGAGAGUGGAAGUGAAGAUGACAACAUGAUAUCUGAAGAUGGUGAUGAGAUAGAUGAGAAUGACAGUGAUGUGAGUGGUGAUGAGGAUGAGGUGGAAGCGGAGGAUGAAGAUGAGGAUGAGGAAGAGAAUACAGAGGAUGAGGAGGAAGAAUUUGACAAUAAUGAUGCCAAAGAUGGUGGAUCUGGAGUAAAAGAAAACAUAGCAAAAAAGAGGAAAUUUGCUGAUUUUGAUACACAACUUAAUGAUGCUGAAGCAAGUCUUAGGACUUUGAAGAGAUUAGCCAAAGAAAAUAUGGGUCCUGCUCCAUCAGACUCGACAGAUGGUUUUCUUUCUAAUGAGGACUUCCGGAGGAUUAAGGAAUUAAAGGCAAAGCAGCGAUUGGCUCAGCAGGGGUUGUUGAAAAAGAGCUCAGAUGCGAAGUCAACAGCAUUCAAGAUUCCCACUUCUGAUGAAUUAAGCAUUAAGCGAAUAGAUCCUGCUAAGCUUGAAGUCCAUGUAAAAAGAAGAAUGACCAAGGAGGAGAAGCUGGCAUUAGUGAAAGCAGGGAGGGAGGAUAGAGUUUACAUGGCUAGAGCUGCUGUAAAACAGAAGAAGUCGGGAGGCCUGAGCAAUAAGCAGAAGGAACAUAAGAAGGCUAUGCCACUUGUUGCAAAGAGGGCAAAGGUAGCUAAAUCUCGAGUGGCAAAACGCAAAAAGCAGCAGCUUUCUGGCAAAAAUUUCCGAGGGAAGAAAGCAUGGAAAUGAUCCAGAAAAAUCCAAUUUUCUUUUUGUCCUACUUCUGUUUUGGUUCAAGUAAAUUUUACUACUUAUUUUGUUAGAAGUACAUUUUACAUUUGAGAUGAAGACUUCUCUGCGGCU